AUGUCGGCCAAGAUGGAAACCAUGAAGAUUGUCAAGCAAGAGCAAUGGGCUCAGAUGCGUGACGAAGGUGCCUUUGACGAGGAUCAGUACCGGGCCAUGGCUGUGACCAAGUGCGUCAACGGAAAGGCUGGAGAGUACUCUUGCAAUAACGUCGACAUGAUGGCCUUCAUGAGCCACCAGGACAUGGGGAGCCGGACCCGCAUGGGCAAUGACAUCUGGGGAUGGACAUCCGCGACUGGUAGAGAGUUUGCCAUUGUCGGCCAGAGCGACGGCACAGCCUUUGCAGAAAUCAAGUCGGACGGCAGCAUCGUCUACCUCGGCCGUCUACCAACCCAGACUGUCAACUCUGACUGGAGAGACAUGAAGGUCAUCGGCGACCACGUCUACAUCGGUGCCGAGGCCAGCCGCCACGGCAUCCAGGUCUUUGAUCUGAAGAAGCUUCUCAGCAUCAACCCCAACAGCCCCAAGACCUUUGCCAUUGCCUCUGACUUGACCGCCUUCUUCAACGGAGUCGGCAACUCGCACAACAUCGUGGCCAACCCUGACACCAACAUGAUCUACGCCGUGGGCACUGGCUCGGCUGCCAGCUGCCGAGGUGGUCUCUACAUGAUUGACGUGUCCGACCCGGCCAAGCCAGUCAAGGUUGGAUGCGAGUCCCGUGACGGGUACGUCCACGACGCGCAGUGUGUCGUGUACGAUGGUGUUGACACAGAGUUUAACGGCCAUGAGAUCUGCUUCAACUACAACGAGGACUCUCUCACCAUCGUCGACGUGACAGACAAGGCUGCGCCUGUUCAGCUGUCUCGCGUGGGCUACUCUUGGAGCGCUUACACCCACCAGGGCUGGCUCGCCACGAGCGACAUGCGCUACCUUCUCCUCGAUGACGAGCUAGAUGAGAUGGACGGCACAACGCCAGACUCAAAGACAAAGACAUAUGUCUGGGACGUCAAGGACCUCAGGGCCCCCAAAAUGACGGGAGUGUACUCUGCUCCCGUCACCACCAUCGACCACAACCAGUAUGUGCUGGACGGCCUGUCCUACCAGUCCAACUACGCCUCUGGUCUGCGCAUCGUCGACGUCAGUUCUGUCGCCGAAGAUCCCACCGGCUCCAAGUUCGAGCAGGUCGGUUUCUUUGACUGUGAUCCUUUUGAUGAUAACACUACCGGGUCAGUGACGUUCCGUGGUGCAUGGAGUGUUUACCCCUACUUCAAGUCGGGCCAUAUCGUCCUUAACAGCAUUGAGCGCGGACUGUUUUCUCUCAAGUAUACUGGACCCAAGCCUUAA